GUGACCCAAAACCCUACCGAGUUAACGCACGUCUUCGACUCAGAACCACAAUUCAUUUUCGUAUUCUCCCUUUCCCUUUUCAUUCUUCUUAGGUUUCACACUUUCCACCGCCGUUGAAACAAAUAUCCCCAUAAUUCCCAAAAAAUCAACAACAAUACACACGCAGAUGGGGAAGAGCGAGAAAACCGGGCUAGGAAGGAGCCUGGUGAAGAAGCACAACAACAUGAUACAACAAUCCAAAGAUAAGGGCAAAGUUUACAAAUCUCUCCAGAAGAAAGUCCUCGAAUCCGUUACUGAAGUUACCGAUAUCGAGGCGGUUAUCGAACAGGCCGACGAAGCUGAGCUGCUUUAUUCCAAUGAUAAAGCCUCUCUUAAUCCCAAGAUUGAUAUGGAUUCAACCUCUAGUACUAUUGAAAUGACACCUGACCAGAAAAGGGAGCAACAGGAAAGAGAGCAGGAAUUGCAUGCCAGCAGUCUCCGUGUUCCACGCAGGCCACCAUGGACUUUAGAAACAACCAUUGAAGAGCUUGAUACUAAUGAGAGACAAGCAUUCUUGAUUUGGAGACGAGACCUUGCAAGACUUGAGGAGAAUGAGAACCUCGUUUUAACUCCAUUUGAAAAGAACUUGGACAUAUGGAGACAACUUUGGAGGGUACUUGAACGCAGUGAUCUGAUGGUAAUGGUUGUUGAUGCACGAGAUCCGCUAUUUUAUAGAUGCCCCGAUCUUGAGGCAUAUGCAAAAGAAAUUGACGAGGAUAAAAAAACACUACUACUUAUUAACAAGGCAGAUCUCUUACCAUUUUCAAUCAGAGACAAGUGGGCGAAAUACUUCCGCCUUCAUGGGAUUCUUUUUGUAUUUUGGUCAGCGAAAGUUGCUGCUGCAGCCGUAGAUGGGAAGGAAGCAAGUUUUUCAUCAGAAUUGCAAAAUGGUCAGGAUGAAUCAGUUGAUGAUGAUACGAGAGUAUAUGGCCGUGAGGAGCUAUUGGCACGUUUACAGUCUGAAGCUGAGGAGAUAGCUGCAAUGAAGAAAUUGAGGCCGAAGGCUCCAGUUGGUCGAGGUUUUCCUAAGAAAGAUGAUGGUGUAACAGUUGGAUUUGUGGGGUAUCCAAAUGUCGGAAAAAGCUCAACAAUUAAUGCCUUGGUUGGUGAGAAAAAGACAGGUGUUACUCACACCCCGGGAAAGACCAAGCAUUUCCAAACAAUAAAUAUAUCUGAUAAACUCACAUUGUGUGAUUGCCCUGGAUUAGUGUUCCCAUCCUUCACUAGCUCAAGAUAUGAGAUGAUAGCAUCUGGUGUUUUGCCAAUUGACCGCAUGACUGAGCAUCGAGAGGCUAUACAGGUUGCAGCAAAUCGAGUUCCCAGGCAUGUGAUCGAGAGUGUCUACAAAAUAUCUUUACCGAGACCAAAGACAUAUGAACCUCAAAAUCGACCUCCUCUGGCAUCAGAAUUUCUACGGGCAUAUUGCACCUCCCGUGGUUGGGUUGCCUCAAGUGGACUACCAGAUGAAACUAGAGCUGCCCGAAUAAUUUUGAAGGAUUACAUUGACGGGAAGCUACCUCACUAUGAAUUGCCUCCAGAUAUGUCAGCUGAGGAGGCCGAAGCUGUUCUGUAUGAUCCUACGUACUUAACCAGUUUGCCCGAGGAAUCUGAAGAAGAAUCAUCAGGCGAUGAGAACAAUCAAAGUCUGACAGGCGAAGAUGGGAAGGGACCAAGUCUGGAGCAUGUGCUGGAUGAUCUGAGUACAUUCGACAUUGACAAUGGACUAGCUUCCACCAAGGCCCUAACUAAGAAGAAGCCAUCAGGUCCAUCUCAUAAACAACACAAGAAGCCUCAGAGAAAUAAGAAUCGGUCAUGGCGAGUUAAAGACAAUGGAGAGGAUGGAAUGGCAAUAGUGAGGGCAUAUCAGAAACCCCUGAAUUCUAGACAACCUGUGGAGGCUGGGUAAGAUUUCUGUCAUGUACUACAAUACCUAAUAUAGUUUGAAGAUGCAGGCUUUUAGCUAUAUAAAGAAAGUAAACGAAUGGUUUUGCUUCUGGACCCGUACUGUAAUCACUAUUUGUACCUGUCGGGACAAUUUGUUGAAUAUUUGUUUGAAUUUUUAUAUGAUCUUUUUUAUUUUUGACAAAUGCA